UUUCAAGCCUAUGACGAGAUUGUCGAGUUCAGCAGGUGUACAUGAACGCACCGGACGGAUAUACGUGAGUCACGUCCUGCGGAAGUAAACAAUCCUCGGCUGACGUGGAGCUGGAAACUAAGUGGACCAACCGGACCUGAAUCAGCUGGUUUAGAGAAGCGUCUGUCGUUUCAGUCUUCGUCUUGUAUUGUCAGAAGUUAAAGUGGCUCUGUCGGUGUCGUCUAGACGCCCAGAAUAAGUGACGCUCCGUGUUAGCAGCCUCUCAGUACAGUAAGAUGGCGGCAGCAGAGGAGGCCAGCAGGCCGUUCGCCGGACUGUCCGACGUCUCCAUCUCGGAGGACAUCCCGGUGGAGGGGGACAUCUCCGUGCCCGUCGGCUCCUCCAGGAGAGACGACGAGUUCUCCACUCUGGACGAGCCGGUGAAGGAGACCAUUCUGCGGGACCUGCGGGCGGUGGGGAACAAGUUCAUCCACGUCCUGUACCCGAAGCGGAGCUCGGCUCUGCUGCGGGACUGGGACCUGUGGGGCCCGCUGCUGCUCUGCGUGACGCUGGCUCUGCUGCUGCAGGGCGGCGCGGCCGACAGCGACGACCAGGGAGGACCACAGUUCGCUGAGGUCUUUGUCAUCGUCUGGUUCGGCUCCAUCAUCAUCACCCUCAACUCCAAGCUGCUGGGUGGCACCAUCUCCUUCUUCCAGAGCCUGUGUGUGCUGGGAUACUGCAUCAUGCCUCUGACGGUGGCCAUGGCCGUGUGCCGGAUUGUCUUGAUCAGCGGCUCGGGGAACGUCAGCUUCGCCGUGCGGCUGGUAGUGGUGACGGUGUCCUUCGGCUGGUCCACCUUCGCCUCCACGGCCUUCCUCGCCGACAGCCAGCCUCCCAACCGCAAGGCGCUGGUGGUGUACCCGGUGUUCCUCUUCUACUUUGUGAUCGGGUGGAUGAUCCUGACGUUCUCGCCCUCGCAGUAGAGGAGAAACACAAGGACUGGAUUCAAGUUUAACUGACAAAGAUGAGGAUGGUUUUUAUAGAGUGAAAGAACUCAAACAAACACCAGGAUCUGCCUUUGAAUGAGGAGGAACGACUACUGAGGCGACUGUGAGUGUUUCUGAGCUUCUGAAACAGCAUUUAGACUCAUGGGACACCAAAACUCCUUUAGGAGCGGCAGUGGCUCGUACUCAGAUUCAGAGAAGUUGGGUCGGCGCCGUGCUGCAGAUGGAGCUUGAACAAGCUGAUGAAUGAGUUCCGAUUUUUCCAGUUGUGUAAAUUAAAGUCCAUAGGCUUGUAUGCAGAAAUGCUCUAUGAAUGUUUAAACUACCAGGGCUGUGAUUGUUUUUCUUUUCUUUCUGGUCACUCUGGGCGUUUGAAACCUCCGUAUGGUCUAAGAGAUUGGUGCAGGAACGUACUGACAGCUUAAAUUUACGCAACAUAUUCUGCAUCUUUAGACACUUGGCCGAUGCUUUUGUGCAGCUUGACCAAGAAUCUCUGUUGUAGAGCAACUCAACUGUCACCUGUAGGUUUGGGCUCUCAUUGUUCCUUUUAAGGAUUUUUGUUUUAGUAUUUUUGGUGUUUUCAUUAGACAGAUGACAGGUAACGUGAGGAGAGAGAUGUCUUGGUUCGUGGUUGACUCCUUAAACCCCCUCGGCCACCAGAGUGUUCAGCAUGUCGAAUCAGUCGGUGUCAAAUGUCACUCAUAUAAAAAACCAGUUUGACAUUUUGGGAAAUAUACAUCUUCAUUAUCUCGCGGUGGAGCGGUACUAGAGCUGCGAGUGAAGAUUAUUUGCUCAAUUAAUUCUGCCUAUAAAAUGUCACAAAAUAAUGAAAAAUGUCUGUUUUUAAUAUCCCACAAACCAAGGUGACGUCAGUCCAGACUCUGAAAAUGUUUGGUGUUUUUGCCUGAAAAUGUAAAAUGGCUGCUAUUUGACUAAUUUAUGAAUCUAGAGCAGAAAAUAAAAAUCGACUGGCAGAAAUGAGUAAUUUGUUGUCCCUCGCUGACGUGUGCAGAUAACAACACACACAAAUGCAGACUAUAAUACAGGGCCUAACCAUGUUUUCUACAUACUUUUGCACACUGGCGGUCAGCUGUAGUUUUUGUGUUGUGCUUUUCUAUUGAGCACAACUCUGCUGAUUAAUGUUCAUACAAGAAGAGAUUCACCUGAGAGAGGCCCAAGUAAAAGACCAGCAUGCAAUGCAGCAGUCAGACUGUUUGGGUUUGGAGUAACUCUAAAUGUAACUCAAAUGUCAAAUUCAUGAUCUCUGUCUGGAAACAUGCAGACUUUAUGCUUCCUGCUGGGUGGCUGUGAUCAGUCUACUAACCUGCUGUACGACCUUUAACCUCUGACCCCUGCUCUGUAGUCAGAUAACCCGUCAUUUCUGUUCUUCCGAAUCACUGGGGCUACCUUUGUUCAUUUCUUUUUAAUUUAUAAGUAUUCAUUUACAUCAACAAAAGAAAAAAAUUAAAAUGUAUUUGGUCGGCA